AUGAAUAUAACUCGAUAUAAUUUCAAGAAGUAGUUGCCAAGUAUAAUCAAGUGCCUCAAUCAGUCUGAUUUCAUAGCUAUUGACUUUGAAUUCUCUGGCCUGAACUUCGACAAGGAGCUUGAGAAUCUAUAGUCAGACACUGUUGCCUAGAGGUAUUGGAAGAGCAAGGAGAAUGUGUCAAAGUUCAUGGCUCCGUAGAUGGGAAUCUGUGCCUUCAAAUAUCAUUAAAAUGAGAAAAGAUUGGAGUGCCACCCAUUCAACUUCUACAUCAUGCCUCACUCUUACUAGGAUUUAUCAAUUGGGCACAACUAUCUUAUUGAGCAAUCAGCAUUCCAGUUCUUAAUGCAGCACGGCUUUGAUUUUAAUAAGUUACACUAUGAGUCUAUGGGCUACUUAAGUUACUAAGACUACCAAAAAUACUUAACUAUAAAAGCAGAUAAAGAGUAGACGAAAUAAAUAUAUGACUACUAGUAUGACUCACCAGAUUGUAUUAUCUUUUGCAACAGUUAGUUCUAAGCUAUUAAGAAUUGGCUAGAUGCAAUAGGAAGUAAGAUCGUAGACCUUGAAAAUGAUCCAGCAAAUUUGCUUGAGAUAGACUUGAGUUUUUCUAGAGGCAAGUAAUUCAAAAGUCUUAUGAAGAACAUUCCCAAAAUGUUUCCCAAGUAUUAACUAGACAUAGAACUAAGUAUGGAUGAGACAAUAGGAGAAAUCUUGCUAAAAAUAAAGAUAACUAGCUAAGACUUGCAAGAUAAGAAAGCUAAACUAAAAGAGAGAGAAACAAACUUCGCUUUACUGAGCAAAUACCUAUUUUGUCAACAAAUAACAUAAUAAAUCACAAUAAAACAAGCAUUAAAUGGGCUACUAACUACAGACUAACAGAUAUAAAUGGAAAGUCUUAUAUAAAAGUACAGGAAAAUAUUACAAGAUAAGCAAGAGGGCUAGCUGAAAAGUGUAGACUGGAAGUAGGAAGAUGAAGAUGCUGUUAUAAAGAAAAUGCUUAAAGAUUUUUAUACUGAAUCUGCAUUGCUUGAUACAGUGGCUAAUGACAUCUUUAACUAAGUCCAUAAUCCAAUUGAAGACCCCUUAGGCUUGUCUAUUUUACCGUUAUACAUUGCAAAGCUACAGAAGCCAAUCGUAUAGUACAAUGGCAUGCUCGACUUGCUUCACCUUUAUGAUAAAUUCAUUGGCAAGUUACCCGAUACAACUCUGGAAUUUACCUCAACCAUGAAUGCUCUCUACCCUCACAUAUUUGAUAAUAAAUUGAUAAUGAAUAACAAUAAGUCAAUAUAAGAAUCUAUGGCUGCAAACUAUGGCUAUUCACUUUAAGCUAGCUAUAAAAGAGUUAUCAAAGAUGAUUUUAAGUUUGGCUAGACGAUAUAGAUAAACUCUGAUUUCAAUGACUAUGAUAUAGACUCAGAUCUGAAUCACGAGGCAGGCUUCGAUGCAUUUCAAACAGGUGUGGUAUUUUUCAAAAUGCUUUCCUAUAUCAAAGGCUAAAAGGCAAAUUAGAAGUGUGACUUCCCUUUUAUGUCUGAGAUUUUAAAUGACAACAGUAUGAAUCUAGAUAAAAAUAAAGUGCCCUUCUAUAAUCUGAAAAAGAACAUGCUGCUAGAAAAGUAAAAUAGCCAGGAUGAUGACAGAAACUAUGUAUUUGUGAUUGAUAGCCUUUUAAAUUCAUAGAAAAUAGACUAGGCUGCUCUGUAAUAGUACCUUAAUAAGCUAUUUGGCUCUGAGGUGACUUUGUAUAUGGAUGAGGCUGAUGCAUAAGGGCAGAGGCGAUAGUUGAUAUUUAUGACACUGUUUAGUAAGUAAGCUGAGAUCAAGGCGAAUGAUUUGCUAAGUAAGAACGGAUUUAUAGAAAUAGAGGAGAUUUUACCUGGAUCGAAGAUUAUAGGUUACUCUCACUAUGAAAAUCAAUUGAGGUAGAAAAAGUAAGUAGAAGUAUAAAGUAUGCUUAAAGAGUUAGAAGGUAAAUGGAGUGCUUUUGAGAAUUUACAAGAAUCUAAUCGUAAUUGA